CAUAGCUGAAGCCCCUUCAUUCAAACAAUUAUUUGCUUUGAUCGGCUAAAAUACUCAUUUUAUCACUUUGUUAUUGAUUACAAAAAAGAGUUAUUUGUGUAAUUGAUAGAAUUAUCAAGAGAGAGAUAAUUGAAUUAUGAAGCUUCCGAUGGAUAUCAAGCUGGCCCGUCUUCGUGAACUGAUGAAGACAGCUUCGCCGACACUAUCCAAAGGUCAAGGCGACCAAGAGAGUGGUGGCGGCGGUGUUGGACUGAGUGCCUAUGUAGUGCCGAGUGAAGAUGCACACCAGUCGGAGUACACAGCUGCCCCCCACAAGAGGAGACAGUUCAUCAGUGGGUUCACAGGCAGUGCCGCCACAGCUGUCAUUACUAUGGACAAGGCUUUGCUGUGGACAGAUGGUCGGUACUUUCUGCAGGCGGAGAAGGAACUGGACCCUGACCACUGGCAGCUCAUGAAAAUGAACACACCCCCAUUCCCAGAGAUACACAAGUGGCUGGCCGACAACUGCUCCAGGGGAUCCUAUGUGGGGAUUGAUCCGACUCUGAUCUCGGAGAACACGUGGCAGAAGUGGGGAAAGGAGCUCGCGACUCGGGAGUCCAAAUUGGUGCCUGUUUCGCAGAAUUUAGUUGACAUGGUUUGGGCAGAGGCAGCUGAAGAGAGGCUAGCUUAUGAAGAGAAAGAGCUGUUCGUGUACCCCCUGCAGUAUGCGGGUGAGAAGUGGGAGGGGAAAGUGGACAGAGUGAAGGCUCAGAUGGAAGAAGAGAAGUGUGAACUACUCGUAGUGUCCGAGUUGGACGAGAUAGCCUGGCUCUUUAAUCUCAGGGGAUCAGAUAUUGAGUUCAAUCCAGUCUUUUUUGCCUACGCUAUCAUAUCAGCCAAUCAGAAUCCACUUCUCUUUGUCAAUCAAUCAAAACUCACCUCAGAGGUCAAACAACACCUUGAAGGCGUAGUUUUAAAACCAUAUGAGGAAGUAUUUACAGUACUGGAUGAGAUGGUCCAGAAAUGCGUGGAGCAGAAAUUGAAGGUCUGGAUGGGUCCGCAAGUGAGUCAUGCGCUGGCAUCCACAGUGACUGGAAAAGACGAAAAACUUCUGCUGGUGAAGAACACGCCGACCAAAAUGCUUAAGGCGAUCAAGAACGAGUGUGAAGUGGAAUGUAUGAGACAAGUUCACAUUAAGGACGGAAUUGCACUGUGCGAGUAUCUGCGUAUCCUCCAUACCAAUUUAUGCCGUUCUUCCACAGGUACAGAAGGAAGCUCGAAGAAGGAGUUCACAGAAAUUAGUGGGUCUGAUAUGUUGGAUGGUCUGAGGUCGCAACAGGAGGGGUUCAUCAGUCUGUCUUUUGACACCAUCUCUGGCUCAGGGCCAAACGGGGCUGUGAUUCACUACAAGGCAUCGCCACACACUGAUCGUAAACUAUGUGCUGAUGAAUUGUACCUGGUGGACAGUGGGGGUCAGUAUUGGGAGGGGACGACUGACGUCACCAGGACUGUCUCCUUCUUGUCCUCCCCUCCCCCCAAACAGGUGGAGACAUACACUCUGGUGCUAAAGGGACACAUUGCACUGGCAGAACUGGUCAUUCCAGAGGGGGUGAUUGGCUACAAGAUAGACUGCGUGGCCCGUUCUGCCCUGUGGGAAAUAGGUCUGGACUACCAGCAUGGAACGGGACACGGGGUGGGUGCAUUCCUCAAUGUCCACGAGGGCCCCCAGGGCAUAUCCUACAGAACCAAUGCUCAUGAGGAGGGCUUGAGGGAGAACAUGAUACUCUCCAAUGAGCCAGGCUACUAUGAGUCAGGCCAAUUCGGCAUUCGGAUUGAAUCCCUGAUGGUGUAUCGGAAACACGUGACCAAAUACACAUUGCACGAGGGCAAGAAGUUCCUCAAACCAGAAACCAUCACGUGUGUGCCAUUGUGCCGACAACUGAUUGACAAGAGUAUGUUGAGUGAUAAAGAGGUCAACUGGGUCAAUGACUAUCACCAGUUCUGCUGGGAUAAACUGACCCCACUUGCUGAAAAACAGGGCAAAACGGAACUGAUUGAAUGGUUGAAGAAACAAACGCAACCUUUGUAGUUGCCACAGCUUCGUUUUAAACAAACUUUGUGCUAUAAAACUAGAAGUUCUUUUAGAUAUGCUGACAUAAUUAAGUAAUUUAACUGGUGUAUUCAUGGAUAUUAUGAUGCAUAGACGGAUUUUGAAGGCUGAAAUGAUUUUAUAAUAUCAGUAAUUACUUAUAUAUGAUGACAUGCGAGACGUCUGAAUUAUUUAUUACCUAGUUAAGUGAAUAUACCCUCUAAAAAAGCAACGUUCUCAAAAUAACGAAAGUCGUCUUUCCGUAAAU